GGUGGCUCAGUCUCCUCAAGGCAGCAGCUGGGAGUUCCAGAGCAAUGCCCCGGCUUGAGAGCCGCUGAAGAGGAAAGAGCUCACUAUUGGGUCUCUGGAAACGAGGGAGUUAGAGAGAUCUGGAAAGGAGCUGUCCCAGAGAGGAGGCCUCAGUCGAGGGAUAUGAGAGACAAGCAGAGCCCUGAGGACUUCCACAGGACUUCAGGCACCUCGAGGGAGACACGGCAAGACACAUCCGAACCUAAAGAGCUGAUACGGAGCAGUACAUACACAUAACACAGACAAAUAAUUACACAGCCACAGUCAAAAGGCCAUAGGUGAACUUUUCAGCUGUCUGGCCUAUACAAAGACAGACUGAGCAGGAAAAGGGAAGUCCGGAAGAAAGGCAAAGGAGGCAGGAGGAGGUGAGGUAGAAGGAAAGUACAUCAACCAUGAGAGCAAAAACGUGGAAUGUGGGCGUCCUGCUCUGCUUGUCCUUUGCUGCACUCAGCAACUGUCGUUCUAGAAAUGAGCCUCUGCUAUCAUCGCGGCAGCGCAGGGCAGCCACUGAUGACGCCAAAAGGUGCUCGUACACUUUUCUGGUCCCACAGCAGAGGAUCACAGGCCCCAUCUGCGCCUCAGCCACAGGACCUGAACCGGACAAGGACAGGGUGACCCGCAUGGACAUCUCAGACCUGAAGGAGGUGCUGUCCAAGCAGAGGCGUGAGAUCGAGAUGCUGCAGCUGGUGGCCGACGUGGAUGGCAAUCUGGUAAAUGAGAUGAAGCUGCUGCGUAAGGAGUCACGCAACAUGAACUCGCGCGUUACGCAGCUCUACAUGCAGCUGCUGCAUGAGAUCAUCCGCAAGCGGGACAAUUCACUGGAGCUGGUGCAACUGGAGAACCGUGUGCUCAAUGUCACCUCUGAGAUGCUGCGGUUGGCAUCACGUUAUAAGGAGCUGGAGAUGCGCUUCGCCAACCUGGCCUCCACGGUCAACAACCAGUCAGUGCUGAUCGCUGCAUUGGAGGAGCGCUGCAUGCGUGGCUUCAGUCGGCCAGAUUUGCCCGUUGUGCCGCCGCUGGUACAGGUGGUGCCUGAGACCAUACCCGCCAACAGCAACCGCUUCACCAACGAGAUCCAGAGGGACCACGGUAACCGGGCCUUCCCACGGGGCAGUCCACGUAUGGAUACUCCACCCACUGCUGACCCUCUGGGUGUACCACCGGCGCCCCAAGGCACGCUAACCUCUGAUGGACCGUUCAGAGACUGUUUACAAGUGCGGCAGGCAGGACACAGCACGAGUGGGAUGUAUCUUCUCAAGGCAGAGGGCAGCGAUAGGCUGAUUCAGGCCUGGUGUGAGCAUGGACUGGACAACGGAGGCUGGACAGUGUUUCAGAGGAGAAAAGAUGGCUCAGUCAACUUCUUCAGGAACUGGGAGAACUACAAGAAAGGAUUUGGCAACAUAGAUGGGGAAUACUGGCUGGGGCUGGACAACAUUUACGCCCUGGCGAAACAGGCAGACUACAGGCUACUGGUAGAAGUGGAGGACUGGAUGGGGAAGAAAGUCUACGCCGAGUACAGCAGCUUCCGGCUGGAGUCUGAGAGUGAGGGCUACCGCCUGAGACUGGGCACCUACCAGGGCAAUGCAGGGGACUCGCUAACCAGUCACAAUGGCAAACCCUUCACCACAUUGGACCGCGACAAGGAUGCCUUCACAGGUAACUGCGCUCACUUCCAUAAAGGCGGCUGGUGGUACAACGCAUGUGGGCAGACCAAUCUAAACGGCGUGUGGUACUCAGGUGGUGUGUACCGCAGCAAGUUCCAGGAUGGGAUCUUCUGGGCUGAUUAUGGGGGAGGCUUUUACUCGCUUAAGUCUGUCCGCAUGAUGAUCCGACCAAUUGAUUGAUACUUGUUCCUUGACUCUUACAGAACAUCAAGUCUCAAACUCCCUCGACUUUCAUAUACCUGUAUAUCAGUAGUUCCCAAGCCUCGUCCCUGAGUAGCUCUGCUCCGGAUGCUUUGCUGAUUUUCCCGCCCUAACACUUGUUUCAGGUCUGGAAGCACUUAUUAAUGAGCUUAUUAGUUGGAUCAGUUGUGUUAGAGCAGGGAAACCAUCAAAACAUGGAGGACAGAACUUGUGCCAGACGAGACUUGGGAAACACUUCUAUAUAUUCAGCACAAUGUUAUUUUAGAACCGUGCUUUCACAUUAACAAGGACUGGACAUCUAGAAGAACAGGCUGUGUGUGUACACAUCGUUUUGGGUCAGUGGUCAAGCCCUCAGCAGUCCUAAGCAGGGAAGCCUGUUUGUGGACAUGCAGAAGGCAGCGGGUUGACAGAGAUUGUAUUAGAUUUCCACUGGUCACUGUCAGAUUCAUAGAAGAGAAGAUGAAAAUCUCUCUUUAGCCAGGUUCAGAGCGGGAACAGGCCAUGGUCAGCUCCCGCUCUCUGCUCUCUUGUGCUUUUCAGUCUUGCUUUUCUCAGUUUUUCAGUUUAUCACCUUCUUACACUUCAGGUCUAAUCAGCUUUUUCAUCAAUUUUUACAGUACUGUACAAAAGUCAGAGACCACUUAUUUAUUUAAUUUCCAGUCUAUAAAUUAGUUGAUCAUUUUUUCAGCAUCAAGAAAAAAUAGAACAGAAAAUUUUACAGAAAACA